AUGCCAUCCAUCAACCGCAGUUCAAGCGUUCAAGCUAGCAAUGACCCGAGGGACACUUUCCAUACUAGCCUGGUGGUGAACACGCCGGAGACAAUGGACGAGCUAAAUGAGAGAGCUGAUGGUUUCGUGUGUCUGGAAGAGGAAGAGGCAGCUAAUGCUAGGAAGACAUCUGUCAUCUCCAUAGAAGAGAAGUUCAAAGCUAAGAUACGGCAAAAGCAAGUUCCACCACAACGUCAAACCAUCUGGAAGGCAGAGAAGAGGCCCAGAGAGGAUGACUUGAUUACUCCACUCAAAGUUACUUUGAGGGAUCAAUCCAAACAUUGUGCUUUUCAUAAUGAUUUUGUUCAUCGGACUAAUGAAUGCAGGAACCUGAGAAGGCAAGUGGAGAUGCUGAUCGCUAGGGGAGAGUUUGCAGGAUAUGUUCAAGGGCCAGCACAAGAGCAGAAUCGACCAGCUGAGCAAGUCAAGAGAAACCAAAAGCCGAACCAUCAUAAUGCUCAGCCCGUUCGGAUUAUAAAUGCAAUCCAUGGCCGACCUGAGCAGACCGUAGAAUCCGAGGAAUUACUCCGAACACGUCUCCAACUGAUGGACAGAGGCUGCACUACCAUCAAGAUUGAGAGUGUGAAAUUUAAGAUAAGGCUUGAUAAAACAGACUUGAUGCGAGUCCAGAUUCCUCAUGAGGACCCCUUGGUUGUAAGUUUGACAGUGGCUGAGUGUUUGGUACGAAGAGUGUUGAUUGAUCCGGGGAGUAGUGCGAAUAUCAUGCCUAGGAUCACAUUUGAUCGGAUGGAAAUCAGUCCAGAGGAGCUGAAGUCCGCUGUUGGGGUUUGA